CGGGGCAGCCCUGUGCGGCGGGAUGGGAGCGCAGAGUGCGGCAGUGGCGUGCGGGACACUGGCUUUGUGCCUGGCCCUGAGCGCGGCCACCAACCCCGGCUUCGUGGUGAGGAUCACCCAGGCUGGCCUGGACUAUGCCCACCAGCACGGGAUCGCGGUCCUGGAGAAAGAGCUGACCAAGGUGAAGGUGCCAGACAUCUCGGGUGACUUUCGCAUCCGCCACGUGGGGAAGGUGCACUAUGAGCUCUCCAGGUUGGACCUUCGUAGUUUCCACUUGCCCUACUCACGGAUUUCCCUGCUCCCCAGCCUGGGCCUGCAGGUCUCCAUCUCCAACGCCUUCGCCAGCGUGGAUGGGAACUGGCGGGUGAAGCUCUACUUCAUCAGAGACCACGGUUCCUUUGACCUGAGGGUGGAGAAUGUCUAUAUCAAAAUCAACCUGAAGCUGGGCAAAGAUUCCUCUGGGAAACCCACCAUCAGCACCUCUGACUGCAGCACCCACAUCUCCAAAGUCUGGGUGCACUUUUCGGGCAAGCUUGGAUGGCUUUAUAACCUCUUCUAUAGAGCUGUGGAGCAGAGAUUCCGAAAGAUCUUGGAAAGCAAGGUCUGUGACAUGGUGGCCAACUCCGUGCACACUGAGCUCCAGCCUUACGCCCAGACCCUGCCAGUCACAUCCAAGAUAGAUGACAUGGUUGGGAUCGAUUAUGCCUUGGUGGCACCUCCAGCUGCUACUGCCCAGUCCCUGGACGUGGACCUGAAGGGUGAAUUCUACUCCCUGGCCCAUCGCUCUGCUGUCCCCUUCUCUCCCCUGCCGCUGGCCUUGCCCCCAGACCACGACCACAUGGUUUACUUUGGGGUCUCCAGCUACUUCCUGAACACUGCCAGCUUUGCCUACCACACAGCUGGGGCACUGGUCUUCGAAAUCACAGACUCGAUGAUCCCAAAGGACGUUGAGUUCCAUUUGACCACCUCCACCUUCUCAGCCUUCAUUCCCGAGCUCGAGAAGAUGUACCCCAACACACCAAUGAAGCUCAGGCUGUCCACACCCUCCCCCCCCUUCCUGAGCAUCACACCAGAGGGGCUCUCGCUCAGGCCUGUGGUGGAUAUCCAGGCUUAUGCCAUCCUGUCCAGUGACCACCUGGCUCCUCUCUUCCUCCUCAGCCUGACAGGCAACGUGUCUGCUGUCAUCAAUGUGAGCUCCGGGCACAUCGUGGGGAACCUGACCAUGGGCAGGAUGAAGCUCUCGCUGAAGCAUUCAGACGUGGGCACUUUCCAGGUCCGGACACUGCAGUCCAUGAUGAACAUCUACACCUCCAGCAUCCUCCUCCCGAAUCUGAAUGAGAGGUUGGGUCAGGGUUUCCCUCUGCCGCUGCCGGACAGAAUAAAGCUCCACAACACCAUCGUGAGGUUUCAGCAGGAUUCCCUGAUGCUGGGGGCAGACGUUCACUACGAGCCCCGGGCACGGAGCUGAGGAGGGGGAGGCACCGACAGCACCCGCAAUGUCCCCUUCGCCCCUUCCCUGUCCCCCCAGCAGCGGAUUCACCGCCUCUCCCUCACCGCUCCUCCCGGCCUGGGCGCUGCCGGGGGCAGAAGCAGCCCCGGGACC